AUGUCAUUUUACCCAUGGGUGAACAAUUUACUAAGGAACUUUACAGGAACAGCUCGAGAAGCAGACCCUGAUAUUUCCUUCUGUUUUUCAAAGACAGCUAUUUUUUUAGUAUUUCAAAUCGGGAAUUUGACUGCUGGCUUACCUAAGACAUUAUUGACAAUCCAACUACAAUACAGACAAGACACCAACGAAUUGACCUUAGAAAUACUGCCUGAAACCAGUUACUGCUUCCUAAGGUGCUCAAUACUCGACCAUUUCCAGGAUUCAAAGGCUCUUUCAAUUGGCUGCUUGUCUGGUGAGCAUACGCUAUUGCGUCAUGGAUCCGCCCGCCCCUCGGAAUGCUCGAGUCGCGAGCUCCGACCCAGCAACCUUGGACCGGCUUCCGAACCAUGUGUUUGUCAUCUCGUCCUUGCAGCACACCAGCCAUUGACCGUCUGCAAUUGCUCCAGUCACCCAUCCAAGAUGUUCGCGCGGUCAGCCUUCAGACUCUCGCAGCCUGCGAGACAGAGCUUUCGCAAAUACUCCACCGAGGCUCCCAAGAGCAACAACCUGAAGCCCAUCGCCCUCGCAAUCGGUGCCAUUGGUCUGGGUGUCGGCGUGUACAGAUACACACAGCAGAACGCGUCCGCAGAGCCUAAGGAGCGCCCGAAGGUGUUUGUUGGCGGCGACCAGGGAUGGAUUGGCCUGAAGCUGGGAGCAACCGAAGACCUGAGCCACAACACGAAGCGAUUGCGCUUCGAGUUCCCGGACAAGGAUGCCGUCUCGGGUGUGCAGGUUGCCUCUGCCCUCCUUACAAAAUUCAAGCCUGAAAAUGGAGACAAGGCCAUUAUCCGCCCAUACACCCCUAUCUCGGAUGAAGAUCAACCCGGGUACCUUGACCUCGUCGUCAAGCGCUAUCCCACUGGUCCUAUGUCCGAGUACCUUCACAACCUGAAGGUGGGUGACAGCGUCGACUUUAAGGGACCGGUCCCCAAGUAUCAAUGGGAGCCCAACAAGCACAACCACAUUGCACUUCUCGCCGGAGGUACUGGUAUCACGCCGAUGUACCAGCUGAUCCGGGCGAUUUUCAAGAACCCGGAGGACAAGACCAAGGUUACUCUGGUUUACGGCAACGUCACUGAGGACGACAUCCUUCUGAGGAAGGAACUGGAUGAACUGGAGAACACUUACCCUCGGCGAUUCAAGGUCUUCUACCUUCUGGACAAGCCUCCCAAGGGCUGGACUGGCGGAAAGGGCUACAUCACCAAGGAGCUUCUGAAGACAGUGCUUCCGGAGCCCAAGGAGGAGAACAUUAAGGUGUUCGUCUGCGGUCCUCCUGGAAUGUACCAGGCCAUCAGCGGGCCCAAGCUAGCAGAAAUGUACUGUACUGUACAAGAUACUGUCCUUACAGAAUUACAGUCUGGCAGAACCGGUCUAGCAACAACUAUAGAACAAACCAAGGAAAUGCAGAACGGAGAACGAAGUACUGUACGUAUGUACGUUCAACAGAUGACUGAGGACUCACUUACUCUCUCUAUAUGGAUACCUGCUAUUAAGAAGAGUGUGUAUGUACCAGAGAGGUCGUACCAGUGGUAG